AUGGCCGCGAACCCUCAACCCCUCGACCAGCAAGGCGCCGGCUCCACCGUCGACCUCAACUCCAGCAAGAACCCUUCCUCCCAAUCCAACACCUGCACCGUCACCGACAUCCCCACCGAAGCCGACUUCGCGCACCACACCUCCUCCCUCCCCUCCAGCGCGCUCCUCGUCCUCUACUUCCACGCGCCCUGGGCAGCCCCCUGCAAGCAAAUGAGCACGAUCCUCGAGACGCUAGCCAGCACAUACACCGUCGAGUCCCCUCCACAGCUCGCCUUCCUAUCGAUAAACGCUGAGGAGCUGCCAGAGGUGUCGGAGCAGUACGACGUCACAGCCGUGCCGUACAUCGUGCUGCAGCGGGGUGGCGAGACACUCGAGACAAUUAGCGGCGGCGAUGCUGGGAAGGUGCGCGCGGCGGUAGAGAAGCACGCGGGCAAGAGCGCGAAUCCCGGGAAAGCGGGACUGCCGCCGCCGCAGGCAGUGAGCCGGCCCACACAACAAGAGCCCGUAAACCUCGAGAACGGCAAGAGCGAGGAGAAGAACGGCGAUGCCGGCGGCGCAUCAAACCUGAGCAAAUACGCUCCCUCAGAGAACGACCCCAAGACGGCGCCAGAGUACUCUUCCGGCGAGAAGCAGGGCAAGGAGGAGCUAUUCGAGAGGCUGGGCGAGCUGGUCAAGGCGGCGCCGGUGAUGCUGUUCAUGAAGGGCACGCCGUCGGCGCCGCAGUGUGGGUUCAGUCGGCAGACGGUCAGCAUGCUGAGGGAGAAGGGCGUGCGGUAUGGGUUCUUCAAUAUUUUGGCGGACGAUGAGGUCAGGCAGGGCUUGAAGGAGUUCUCGGACUGGCCGACGUUUCCGCAGGUGUAUGUUGGGGGUGAGUUGAUUGGGGGACUUGAUAUUCUCAAAGAGGAGUUUGAGAAUGACUCGGAUUUCUUGAAGGACUACUCGGUUAGCUCGCAGAGGAAUUCUGGUGGACCGGCUGCGCCGCAACAGCAAGCGAAAGCGGCGUGA